AUGCAUCACGUUACCAUUAGUAACGCCGAUUGCGAAGAUUUGAACGGGAGGAUGGGCGUAGGGACAGAUUACGGGACGCUCAUUGUGGACUUCAGCCCAACGGUUCCAGGAGCCACUGGCAUGUAUAUGGAUUUCCCCAACGGGACCUGUAUAGGUGGCAGCAUGGCGAGCGUGACCGCAUGGGGCGUCACUAUCAACAUGGAGGGUACUGGGCAAUGGGGCUCCACGAGUUACAUUGGCGGUUGGUGUGUGGCAAACAUAGUUCAGUAUCAGAAGCUCAACGCCUCGGCGGACGCGACCAAUCCAGAUGGUCAGUAUAAAUACGAUAUCGAUCUCUUCGACAACGGCACUCCAAGGAAUUGGAUCGGCGGGACGACAGGUGGACCGCUUUACGUGCAGGAUGGUAAGACUGAGGGACUAGACAGCAAGCUCCCUCAAGUGUUCGAAAUAACCUCCGGGAAUGUGGAUGUCGACCCAUACUAUAUGAGCUACAACAACCCAUGUUUGCCAAGCCCCUCCAACGAGGUCUGGUCUGCGUAUGAUUCAAUCCAUCAAUGCGGUCUCCAAAAUGUUUUUCCAAAUGGAGGUGCUCAUGGAGCGUGGGGUUAUGCUAAUAACGCACGGACGAACAACUGCGGAUUCCCAUGCUAG